CAAUUGAUACGUCCCUGCUUACGAUGUUUACAAAUUGUAUAAAUUCUUCACAAGGUUCGUGUAUUGUUAUUAUUGACUUGAACACUUGAAUAUGAUUGCUAGAAGUCUUGGUUUUCUACUUUUAUUUUGCUAUGUAUGUGCAGGUCCAGUUGACCGAGUCCCUGCUCUGACGGUUGUAAAUGAUUGUCCUCUUUUUUGUGACGAGAAUAUUGUGGAACCAAUAUGUGGAUCAGACGGACGAACAUAUGAUAACGAAUGUGAACUUAAUCUGGCACAAUGCAGAAACCCACGUCUAAAAUUUGCAUUCAAUGGACGCUGCCCAAAUCGCGUCGAUUCUAGAGGGAUAAUUUGCACAACGCCCAUGUGUCCCCCUUUUGGUGACCCGGUGUGCGGUUCGGACGGACUGACGUAUCAAAACGAAUGUGAGCUGAACAAUGCGAUGUGCGGCAAUGAGAGUCUAAAGAAGGAGAAUGAAGGGCCAUGCAAUCCUGCAGCUUAUUUUCCGAAAGUAUUUGCUACCUUACAUACGUAUUUCAAAACAUCAACAGAUUGAUAACCUGAAA